UUCUGCUGCUCAUUUCCUCUCUAAAGUUCACGAAAAAAAAAUACUACGACUUUUUUCUGAAUCUAUCUGUACAGAACUGUAGACACAUAUAUACUCCCUAUAUAUACGCAGUACAAAUAUACUAGUAUAAAAAUACAGAUUCAUAUGUAGAAUUUAUUUCUUCCUAUUUUGUAAAUAUUUAGUAUGUAAUAUAGAUUUUUUUUUCCGAAUGCGGCGACGAGAUCAUAAUCAUAAUCAUAAUGAUGAACGUUGAUAAUUAUAAAAAUGAGGAAAAUGAUUUGUCAGUAGAAGAUCAAAACCACCACGGCCGGAAACAGCAACAUUCCACCGCCUCCGCUUCAUCACCGCCCGCGGCAGCUGGUGGUGGGGAGUUGCCCCCGGCGGAGCAACCGCAACCAGCACCUGCUGUGCUACAGUUUCCUAAUGUCACAAUUCCGGCUAGGGAUCUUAAUACUGUCUGUAGCGGUGGGGGUAUCAGCUUUCUCAGUGGAAAUCGGAGUUUGAAGUUUAGCUAUGGAUAUUCUAGUUUCAAGGGAAAACGUGCAUCAAUGGAGGACUUCUAUGAAACGAGAAUAUCAGAAGUUGAUGGACAAAUGGUUGCAUUUUUUGGUGUUUUUGAUGGUCAUGGUGGCUCGAGAACAGCUGAAUACCUUAAGAACAAUCUUUUUAAGAAUUUAAGCAGGCAUCCAGAUUUUAUUAGAGACACAAAGUCUGCCAUAGUUGAAGCAUUUAGACAGACUGAUGCUGAUUACCUCAAUGAAGAAAAAGGCCAACAGAAAGAUGCUGGCUCGACAGCAUCAACUGCCGUUCUUUUGGGGGAUAGGCUACUGGUUGCAAAUGUGGGAGAUUCUAGGGUUGUUGCUUGUAGAGCUGGUUCAGCUAUUGCUUUGUCCGAUGAUCACAAGCCUGAUAGGUCUGAUGAGCGUGAAAGGAUUGAACAGGCAGGAGGUUUUGUCAUAUGGACAGGUACAUGGCGUGUUGGUGGGGUUCUUGCCGUGUCUCGUGCAUUUGGAGAUAAAUUACUAAAGCCAUAUGUUGUAGCUGAGCCAGAAAUACAGGAGCAGCAAAUUGAUGGUGUAGAUUUUAUAAUAAUUGCAAGUGAUGGUCUUUGGAACGUACUUUCUAAUAAGAAAAUGGAUUUCCUCGAAAUGGAUUUUCUGAUCUGCAACUCUGAAGUGAAAAAUGUCACAGGUUUUUCUUCUAUCCAUAAAGUGUUGUUAAUUACUCUGUAAUUGGUUGUAAAGGAACGGAUCACUCAUAACGUGGUCCUUUUUUUUCAUAUAUAAACAUGAUAUUUUAAUCUUUUGUAACCGAGAAGUCCAUUUACAACUUUUAGGAUCCAUUUUCUUCCUUGCCACCAAAAAAGAAAAAAAAAAAAAAACAAAGUUCAUCUGUGGGGCAACUUUGAUGGCGUUUGUUUGAGGAAAAAAAUGUAAGACCAUCAGAAUUCAACAUCCUUUCUGAAUUUUUCUAUUCUUAGAUUGAGAAAUGGUCUAUUCAUAGUUCGAUAGGAAAAGCAGUUUGGGUCAUUUUAAUGCGGUACAUAUAUUUCACAGCAAACUUCUAUUGUGCAUAUGUCUUGUUUUCUUAAUAAGCAGAUACUUUACAUGGCACUCAUUCUGACCACUUCAUGACUUUGAAGUUGCAAAGUAAAACCGUUUAGAUUUUCACAAUUGAAAUUGUUGGAUAAGGAAUGAUAAUCUCAUUACUUUUGUAGAUAAUGUCAUCAUAAAGGAUCUUUUAAGUGAAUUGCUGCCGUGUAAACUAUUCGAAAAGAUUU